AGUAAAAUGGCAGAUACCGCAGUAGCAUCCGAAACUCCAGCUCCGGCUACACCGGCGAAGAAACCGAAAGCGGCAGCGGCCGCAGCGGCCGCCGCCGCCGCCGCAGCGGCUGGAUCGAAGAAACCUAAGGCUAAACCUACGCAUCCUAAAACCGCUGAAAUGGUCAACGCCAUUAAAGAGUUGAAGGAGCGCAGCGGUUCAUCGUUACAGGCCAUCAAGAAAUACAUCGCCGCUCAAUACAAAGUCGAUACAGAGAAAUUGGCACCGUUCAUAAGAAAAUAUCUUAAGAGCGCCGUCGAAUCCGGUGCCCUAAUACAGACAAAGGGAAAGGGUGCUUCUGGUUCUUUCAAAUUGGAAUCUAAAUCAUCGGCAGCAAAGAAACCCUCAUCGUCGGGAGGUGGCGGUAAGGCCAGCGGCGGUGGUCCCGCCGGAGGCGGUAGGGCUGCAGCAUCUUCGGCAUCGGCUAAAUCUAAGAAAGCCGCCGCCACGGCAUCGGCAGUGGCCGCGAAGGGAGGUAAGAAAGGCGGUACCGCAGCUUCGUCCGCUGCGUCUUCACCAUCUAAAGCUAAAGCAUCGGCGGCGGCGGCUAGGGAUAAGAAAGCGGCCGCAGCCGCAGCCGCGGCUGCCAAAAAGAAGCCAGCUGCUGCUAAGAAAGGUUCCGCAUCCGCCAACGCCUCUGCCGCAUCCUCAGCGGCAGCGUCUAAGGCCGGAGCAGCAUCCAAGGCCAAGAAGAGCGCCAAACCUCCCACUAAGAAACCAAAAGCCCCGAAACCGAAGAAAGCAGCCGCCGGUACCCCGAAAUCGAAACCCGCAGCUAAGAAAGCAGCAGCAGCGAAAAAGUAAUAAUUUUUUUUUUAAUAUUACUUUAUCUAUCGCGUAAAUCAGCGACGGCGGCGGCAGCAUCGGCACCGUGAGUUUGAGCGUCAUCUUCGAUUCCGUUCAAUGAUGAUGAUGAUGAUGAUGAUGAUGAUGUUGAUACGCGGGA